CACGCGGCCAGCCCUGACUCGAGGUCAAAGAUGUGUGUACCUGAAGAAGCUCUCUUCGUCUUCAUCACUCACAUCACUUCGUUUCUGUUGAUUGACUCUUCUAUAGAUACGGCCAUUCCAAGUUCCUGGUACGGUCAUCUGUCAUCUGUUCUUCAACAACCUCCCCCUACCCCCACCCCCACCCUCUGCAAAUUCCCACACAGGUCGGUUUCUUCUUUCCCCCACUCUCAACUCUCUGCAAAUCCUGUCAGUUUUUUGCGCCACUCUUUUCUGUUCUUUUCUUUUUUAAUAAAAAAAGAUCUCGUUUUUCCCCUUUGGUCUGCAAAUUUGUUCAGAUAGAUUGUCCUUUUUGUUGACUUUUGACGCAUUCAAACUGGCCAUGCGUUUUCCAUGAACUUAUCUUCCUCUGUUGUUGUUUUACGCUGUACCAAAGUUUCAGAGGGCGGGUUGAAAUCCAUGGGCAGCCCACCCGAACUGCUCAUUCUUUUUCCUCCCUUUGACAACCUUAUCUGAACAUGGACGCGGUUUAUCGGGUAUGGGUCACUGUUUCAUCGUAUUUGCAACCUCUGUUAGUCCUCGUCGCUUCGUUCCUUUCCAGGCUGCGGAAGGGUGUUUCUUAUUCUUCGGAGAAAAGCUUGGGGUUCUCAGAAACCCCGACUGAGUCUGUUCUUCUUGGCGGCUAUGAAACGGAGACGGAUUCAGUGCGGAUAUCUGAAGAAGAAAUAAAUGACGAGAAGGAAAACACUGAUUAUGGUUUCACUUUCAGAUUUCCCACCUACCAGGAAUUUAUUAAUGGCAAGAAAGAGACUGGUGUUGAUUCUAAGAACCAAGAGUUUGAUAAGGGUUCUACAGGUCCAAUUACUGAACAAUUAGAUAUUGAUUCUAAGGGCGUGUGCUUAGAUGGAGAUGAAGACACUGUUUCAUUAAACAGGGUGUUGGAGGAAAAUCAUUUUCAAGGAGAAACUGUUUCUAAUAAGAGCAAAGUUGAGAUUUAUGACAGUGGUGUUUGGAAAGAAGAGAAAACUGAAGAAUUUGUUAAACCAGAGGACCAAUCGUGUAGUGAUGAUCUUGAUUUUUCCAGUGAGAUUCUGAUUCAAUUUGAGGAGAAGAAAUCCUUAAACAGGGUGUUGGAUGAAAAUCAGUUUCAAGCAGAAAGUGUUUCUAAUAAGAGCAAAGUUGACAUUUUUUACAGUGGUGUGUGGAAAGAAGAGAAAACUGAAGAAUUUGUAAAACCAGAGGACCAAUUGUGUAGUGAUGAUCUUGAUUUUUCCAGUGAGAUUCUGAUUCAAUUUCGGGAAAAGAUCUCCAUAAACAGGGUGUUGGAUGAAAAUCAGUUUCAAGGAGAAACUGUUUCUAAUAAGAGCAAAGUUGAGAUUGCUGACAGUGGUGUGUGGAUAGAAGAGAAAACUGAAGAAUUUGUUAAUACAGAGGACCAAUUGUGUAGUGAUGAUCUUGAUUUUUCUAGUGAGAUUCUGAUUCAACCUGAGGAAAAGAAAUCCAUAGAAGAGAAGAGUUGUUGUACUGAUGAUGCAGAUGAGAAAGAUUUACACAAUGAAGGAAGCUUCUUCUGGUCUGAUGAAGAUUUUGGAGGAGACAUUGAGCUUGAUGAUAGUGCUCUAUUGGAGGAAGAUGCUUUUAAAGGGGUCAAACAAGGAAAUAGUGGAAUCCUAAAUUUGGAAUCCGGGUUUUUAUCUGAGAAUGAUUUUGAAGAAGACGAAGAAUCUGAAUUGGAGUCAUGGGAACAUGAAGAUUUGCUUGAACAGUUAAAGAUGGAACUUAAAAAGAUGAGAGGCACAAGGUUGCCAACCAUCUAUGAAGAUUCAGCAUCUCCCAAAAUGGAUGAACUUAAACCAUGGAAGAUCAAUGACAGAAUACAACGCGAAGAAAGCAUAUUAGAUGAACUGAUGAAGUUCUACAAAAUCUACAAAGAGAGAAUGCGCAAAUUUGAUAUCUUCACAAACCAAAAGCUAUUUACAUUAGGUUUUCUGCAGAAAGAGCCUUUAAAAGAUCCAUUUCAAUUGCUUUCAACCCACAAAUAUUCAACCCCGCCACCACUCUUGAAGAGUAUCUGGCCAUUCAAACAAAAAAACAGUAACAUUGAUGAUCCAGUGCUGAAGUUUGUAAAGGAUUUGCAGUGUGAACUGGAAGUGGUAUAUGUUGGGCAGAUGUGUCUUUCCUGGGAGUUCCUACACUGGCAAUAUGGGAAGAUCAUUGACUUGUGGGAAACUGACCUAUCUGGAUCCCACCAGUAUAACGAGGCUGCUGAAGAGUUUCAACAGUUCCAGGUGCUCUUGCAAAGGUACAUAGAGGAUGAACGAUUUCACGGGCGGAGAGUCCAAUGUUAUAUCAAGAGCAGAUGUGACUUCCGAAAUUUUUUGCAAGUUCCUGUUAUACGAGAAGACAAUUUGAAGGAGAUGAAGAAGGGGGGAAAGUUUGAAAAGGGUGACUUUGUAAUUACAAGUGAUGAUCUAGUGGAGAUUGUGGAAGAGUGCAUACGAAUCUUUUGGCGGUUUGUAAAAGCUGAUAAUGACUCUUCCAUCGUACAUGGGAAGUGUCACCCCGAGAUUGAGAAUGCAGAAGAUCAUGAUCUGUUAAUGGAAGUCAGAAGAAAUCUGCAAAAGAAGGAGAGGAAGCUCAAGGACUGCAUGAAAAGUGAAAAAUGCAUACUGAAGAGAUUCAGAACUUGCAGAGAUGACGAAGACGAUGAUGAUUCAGACCAUGUUCUUUGCUUUUUCUCACAAGUGGACAUGAAAUUAGUAUCUAGGGUUCUUAAUAUGUGUAGGCUAACUAGAGAGCAAUUGGUUUGGUGCUAUAACAAACUAAAUAGGAUUUCUUUUGUAAACAGAAAGAUUCAGGUAGAGUCCUCUUUUUUGCUCUUCCCAUGUUAACAUUAUACUUUUGACCACAUAUAAUCAUCAUACUUCUAUCUUUUGAUGAUUACAUUCUAUAACAUAGAAUAUUACGGAGUAUUUUGUAAGUUAUUUAUUUGCCUGAAAUGUCUGAAUAUACUGACUUUUUCUGAACACGAAAUUGAUUGUAAAUAUCC